CACCUGGCCAGGGAGUGCAACCAGAGGGCAGAAGCACCCUUGAGCUCAGGUCUGACUGACACCCUGACCAGAGGCAUGAACUGAAUGUGUUGGGGCUGGAGAGUGGCUCACGAAGGGAGCUGCUUAGAGCUCAAGUCCUCAGGAAGGAGAAAGAUACCACCUGUGGGUGAGGACAGCCAGCUUAAGCCUCAGCAAGCAGGAAAGUGGUGAAGAGCUUAGUUCUAAGUAGAAUGGAAUCUCCUCAAAAACAAAUUUACACUACAAGCUGUGAUCUACACAUUCUCAUCUGUUAGACUGAGCAGUGCCAGGAAGAUCUAGGGGUGCAGAAGCAGCAGGGCCAGCUCAGCCCAGUCCAGCCCUGGAAGGAAAAAAGGAACAAGGUGUGUGCCCCUUGGCUGAGGUGCCAUGGCCAGACUCUGCCAGAGCCUGCUGCUCCUGGUGGCCACUGUGGCCCUUGUAUCCAGAAGUGUUCAUGCCUGGGGCAGGCCAAAGGUGGUGAGGAAAUUCCAAGACAUCCCUGAAACCUACGUCUAUGUGCAACAAGCACUGUGGUUCGCCAUGAAAGAAUUUAAUAAGACCAGCAAAGACAAGUACAGCUACAAGGUGGUGAAGGUCCUGAAAUCCCAGGAGCAGGUCACAGAGAGUUUGGAUUACUUUCUUGAAGUCAAAAUUGCCCGAACAAUGUGCAAGAAAAUUUCAGGAGAAAAUGAAAACUGCUUAUUACAACAGGACCCCCAAAUGCAAAAGAUGUUUUAUUGCACCUUUAUUGUUGCAACCAAACCUUGGAAAUUUGAGUUCACUAUGCUGAAGAAACAAUGCAAAGAGGUAUAAUUAUCUUCUAGCAUAUUCAGCUGCUCUCACUUCCAUUUUAAAGAAGCAAAGACACUUGCAAAACAUUUAAAUAAACUGACCCAUUGACUUCA